AUGCCACCCAUUACCCAAGAACAGAAAAAUCAAGACGUUCAAGACAUCAUUCAAGAUGGAUUUAAAGGAGCUGCCACUACAUGUGCUCUUACUUCUCUAGUUGUGUUUGCUUCUGCUCGUUACUGUCCAUGGGCUAAGAAAAAUAUAAAUUAUGCUGGUAAAACAUUCAUCAUAUCUGCAUUGACUGCAGCUUCUUUUGCCUUCAAUGCUGAACAGUCUAUAACGAAGAAGCACCGUGGUCAUGAAAAGUGGGACUCACCAUGA